CAAUUUCUUUAUUUCUAUGUAAUUAAAUAUCACAAAUACAUACACACACUUGCACAAGAGAACACCUCUUCCCACUUCCCCCAAUCUCCAUAUCCUAAUUCCUAACCCCACCCCACCUCACCACACCACUAUGGACUCGGCGGACAUCCCUAGCGGCAAGUCUCCCCGCUCACUCCAAGGCCCCCGUCCCUCCCCUCUCCGCGUCCACAAGGAUUCCCACAAGAUCCGCAAACCACCAAUAGCCCCACACCCCCACCCCCACCACCACCCACAACCACCACAGCACCGCCCACCAGUCAUCAUCUACACCGUCUCCCCAAAGGUAAUCCACACAAACCCCAACGAAUUCAUGACUCUAGUCCAACGUUUGACCGGCCCAUCUGCCCCAUCUCCGGUCGGCUCCUCUUUCUCCGCCUUCCAAGACGACGGCGGCGGCGCAGUAUCUCCGGCAGCCAGAUUUGCAUCCAUAGAGAAGGCAGCUAAGUCCCCGGAAGGCCGGAAACCGGUUCAGACCGGCGAUUUGGCGGCGGUGGACGGUUUUGAGAUGGGUUAUUUUCCAGGAAUAUUGUCGCCGGCGCCGGCCGCCUUGCCGCCGAUUUCAUCAAAUUUUUUCUCACCGUUAAAUAAUGAUUUUUUUCAAGAUUUGAUUUUGAGCCCUGCGUUACAUAGUAAUAGAAGUUAUAAUUAUAUGGAGGGUAUUGGUAAUCAUUUUAUGCCAAGUCCUACAAAUCUUUUAUCUUCACAUAUAAUUUCACCCACAACUAGUCCAAAUGUGGAUCUUUUCCAUAGCUUAUUUGACUUGUAAGAUGUAAUUUGAUUGGUUGAUUGAUAGUUGCCUUUGUUUACCAAGUAGAAGGGGUAGAGUUGUAAUUUUACUUUAGUGAAAUUAUUUGUUAUUUUUUUAUUUUUUUGGUUGACUGAAAACGAGAUGGGAAAGCAUUGGAAUUGACUUUUGGACAUUUGGUCGUC